ACAAUGAUUCACAAACUUGGUGUCUAUCUAAUCAUCAGUGUUCGUAACAUUUGUCGUUUUGAGUCUCAGUAAAUCAUCCGAAACAAUGGCAGACAAUUCUCACAACAUGAGCUUCCAAGCUGGUGCGACCAAGGGCCAAGCUCAGGAAAAGGGAAACCAAAUGAUGGACUCAGUCGCUAACGCUGCUCAAUCAGCUAAGGACACAGUGCAACAGGCUGGACAGCAGAUGAUGGCUAAGGCACAGGAUGCUGCAGAUGCAGUCAAGAAUGCAACUGGCAUGAACAAAUGAAGCUAAAAAGGAAAAUGGAUUUUUUUUUCCUGUUUUUUUUCCCAAUUUUGCACUUAGAAUAAGAAUUUGGCAUACUUCCAAGGAAUUUGUGUCUUGUCCUGUUCCAGAGCAUGUGUAUCUUAACAUGCUCCUUAGUCCUUGUUCAGGGGCUUAAUUAGGGAGGGGUUUGUGUUUUUCGUUUUUAUCUUCUUUGAUAUUCAUUGAAAGUGGAAACACUCUGUUCACGGGGAUUCCACCUCAUAAUAUUCUAAAUCAAUGAAGGUUUUAUCUGAGUUUAUUCA